AUGCCCUCGUCGUUCCACAGCCGCAUGCACGACAGCGUCGCCAUGCACCGACCUUCUCUUCCCACAUUCUCCCUCGUGUGCCUGAAUUGCUUGCCCUGCUUGCCCGCCCCCCAGUGGAAUGGCCCACCAGCCUUUCCCCCCUCCCAUAAAGAUAAUCCCACUAAAAUCGCUAAAAACAGCGCUGAGUCCACUCGACUGUGCACAUCUAUUGGCCUACAGGGAACCACCCAAUCCGCCGUCGUCCCCUGUCCAAACGGUACAUCGUGGAUACCUUGGACCAUCCCCCCCUCCAUUGUCCACAACUCCUCCUCUCAUCAAUCAGAGCCCGAUAGGUUAGUAGUAGUAACUAGGCGCCUCUUGAAUUUUGACAAGCUGCCGCCUCACCUGCAUCCUGCAUCAUUCUGCCCUGCCAGCGAGUGUUUGUUGCUUCCUCACCUCGUGUCGCGCUCCCAGCCGACGGCCGACACCAUGCUGAGACCCGCGACGCCGCUGACGAUACUCUUGACCGCCGCCCUGGGUCUGCUCAUCAUAUCUGUCAUAUCGGCGCCCCUCACAAAAUCAAUCUAUCUCGGCAAGGCAGGCGACACCAUAUACGGUGUUCUGGGCAGAUGCACCGGCGACAAGUGCACCAAGGCCGCCAUUGGCUACGAUGUUUCCGCCGAUGGCUCAGCUACAUUCACCCUGCCCGAGGCUACCCGUCAGACCCUUGCCAAAACUCUUAUCCUGCACCCAGUCGCCGCCGCCGUCACACUCCCAAUGUUGAUCAUGGCGGGGGUUUCCCAUAUACACGCCGCCGCACACUCGGCCCGCUACCUUCUCGCCCUCUUCAUCUUUACUCUCAUCGCCUUUCUCGUCACCCUGGCCGCCACAAUCAUCAACAUUAUCCUCUUCAUCCCGCACAUUGCCUUUGGCACCUGGCUUGUCCUCGCCGCCGCCAUCAUCCUCUUCCUCAGCACCAUUGUGACGUUUUCGAUGCGCCGUUCCAUGGUUGGUAGAAAGGCUCGCCGCCGUCAGAUUGCCGAAAAUGCCGAGAUGAGCGGCGAGAACUACUACAACCGCGGCGAGGACCCCAUGAAGCCCAUGGUCGCCAUGUCUGGCGCAAAUUCUGGCGCCGACGGCCUGCCCGUGUUUGCCUCGUACGAGAGGAACCACCAAAAGGAUGACCAACUUAGUGACGAGCGCAUCCCUCUUACACAGGUGCGCACCGCGGAACCCUCCCCCGUAACAAACACGAGCGACCUGGCAAACGCCGGACCCUCGCGCGCCGCCUCGCGUGACAGAUAUGGAGGCCAGCCCGGCCAAGUGGACCCCUACGGAGCGCAGACCCAAGCCUAUGGCCCCAGCGGCCGCCCUAGUAGAGGAAGUAUGCCUGGCUAUCGCGGAGGCGGUGCCCCGCGUGGUGGUCGUGGUGGCUAUGGCAUUCCAGCGCAGCGAAGAGAUAGCUAUGGCCGUGGUGGAAUGGGCCCUCGCGGUAGAGGUAGCCCCUAUGGCCAGUCCCGCGAUGGAUAUGGCGGCCCGGCUAUGGCUGGCGCCGCCGUUGCGGGAGGUGCCAUGGCCGGAGCUGCAAUGGCUCGUGGUGGCCACCAGGGCUACGGCCGACGGUCUCCAGCUCCGGGACCGUAUGACACCUACGGUAAUCAGCCAGCUAACGAGCAAGGAGACUACAGCAAUUGGGGCUCGCAAAGUAACCUGGGUCGUACCGACGCAGACCUGCCGCGUGCCGAAUCGCCGCCGCCUCUGCCCACCGGAGCAGCCGGCUCGGGCGUUGGCCCACCUACCGAGAUGGCUACCACCCCGUCAGCGCAUCACGGCUACGGCGCACCACCCACCAGCACGACGCUUGAAAGCAACAACAACCUUGGCGGCAUGGUUUCCAUGCAGCAGCAAGGCCAUCCUACGGGGCAGAUUCGCCCUGGCUACGCGAGCGAUGGGAGCAAGUACAGCACCGACGAGUACGUCGCUCCACGCACCGCCUGGAACCAAGGCUCUGGCAGACAAUCCCCGCGAGGUCAGUCACCCGUCCACGCCAUCGAUCGCCGUCCCGUAGCUGCCGACUACCGCGGCCCGGCGAGUCCUCUGGCCGGCGGUAAUUCGACCUAUUACGAGGACGUGGAGCCGCGAUACGAGUCGUCCGGCCCGCACGCCAGUCGAGUCGGGUCGCCUCCCACGCACAUGUACGAGGACGUGCACGCCAUGGACGGUUCGCGCAGCCCCGCAGGCUCAGAGCGGUCCAACUUUACGUCGGUCUCGCAGCGAGGGGUCAACCCGCGUUGGAACCCGCAUCAGCAUCCCAUGCCGCACAACAGCACGCGUCGGGCGCUACAGCAGCAGCGUCAGGAUGUGCUCCUCGACAACCCCGACUUUCAGAUCGCAGGCAGCCGGUCCGGCACGCUCAAGCACGGCAACCCGGCUGGCAUGGUUCCUGGGAGCGCGUAUCCUGCGCAAAUAUAG